GAGAGGAGAGCGACAGCACAAUCGAAAGGAACGAAGAAAGAAAGAAAGAAGAGAGAGAAGAGAGAGACCGCCGUAGCGGGGGAGGGGGUUCUGUUCCAUUCUGUUCCAUGUUCCGACGGGUACUCGCGUCAGCAGCAGCGCAACCCAGCAGCACUACACCACACAGACACACACACACGCACACUGCAACGAAGAAAGGAAGGAAGGAAGGCGGACGCGAUUUCGCAGCGCCUCUCGACGUCUCUCCUCGCCGGAAGGGGACUGCCUGACUACUCACUCACUCUCUCUGUCUCGGCAUUUGCCUUGGACUGACUCUUUAACCCACCCCCACGCUCGCCCCGCACCCUCCUCCCUCCCGCCUCACCACAACACCCCCCCCCCCCCCCCCAUCUCGUCUUCUUUUGGCUAGGUAUUGCCCUCUCUCCCUCUCUACAUUCCUCUCGCCCCUGCCACUGCUGCUGUUGGUGUUUGGCGGGAUGGACAAGGGAAAGAGGGCCAAAGUGGAGGAGGAGGAGGGCUCCGAACUGGACGCCGAGUUGGUUCAGGCCAUCGAGAAGUUGCAAGAAGUGCAGGACGAGCUUGAACGGGUGAACGAGGAGGCGAGCGACAAAGUGCUGGAGGUGGAGCAGUUUUACAACGAAAUCCGACGCCCAGUGUACAGCAAGCGGAAUGCCAUCAUCCACAACAUUCCGGACUUCUGGUUGACUGCCUUUCUGAGCCACCCAGUGCUGUGCGACCUCUUGACGGAGGACGAUCAGAAGGUGUUCAAAUACCUGGAAUCGCUGGACGUGGAGGACUUCAAGGAUGUGAAAUCGGGCUACAGCAUCAGCUUUAAUUUUCGAACAAAUCCUUACUUCGAGGAUACGAAGUUGACGAAGGAGUUCAGGUUUUCGGAUGACGGUUCGACGUCCGUGUCGGGCACCCAGCCGAAGUGGAAGGAUGGAAUGAAUCUGACGAACGGCGUGGUAGCUGAGAAAGAAGGGAACAAGAGGGGUCAUCAAACGGAGGACAGUUUCUUCAAGUGGUUCUCGGACACGCAGCAGAAGAUAUCCAUAGAGGGGAUACAAGACGAGGAUGGUUGGUUGGGGCUGCAGGUUGCAGAGGUCAUCAAGGAUGAUCUGUGGCCAAAUCCGCUGAAGUACUUCAACAAUGAGCAAGAUGAAGAAGGGUUCGAGAGUGGGGAUCAAGAAAGCGGGGACGAUGACGCGAGUAAGGGCGAUGGCCUGGACGACGAGGAUGACGAGGGCGACGAGGACGACGACGACGAGUAGAUGCGGGGAGGAAGAAGGUGGAGGGAGCAAGUGUAAUGGUAUCUGAUUUUUGUGGAGGGGCAUGGAUGGCAGUAGCUGAUGAGGAAGAGGAUGGUUCAGAGGCGGGUAGGUGCUUUGCGUUUUUUUGGAGAGAGCACUCGCUUGAGGACCGCGUGGGCAACAUGCAACGUCGACGGGGUCCGAAUUUUGGGGUGUGGUUGGUGGAAGAGGGGAGCGGGGGUGGUUGAGGAGCCGUUCUCCGUCCGUGUGGUUUAGUGGGAGGACACAGCUGUUGCUUAUUUGAUGAUAUUGGAGGAGUUCGUGAGUAGUAGGCAGGAGGGCAGUGUCAAGUAGUAGGAGCAGUUUGCGAGGCGCCGAUUCGUCGUUGGUAGUUCGUGCCCACCGUUGGAGCUUGACGAGGCGUGGUGUCUGAGGAGCGUAAUCCUGUGAAUCGAAUUGGGACAAGCCUCCGCGUACCCUGAGUUGUUUUCUGAGCGCCUCCCUGGAUGCGAGGGCGCAGAUAUGAACGUGGGUUCGGAGCUGACAGAGGGUGGUGGAUAGUCAGGAGGCUUGACGUGUAGGUGGUCGCUAUUGCGGAAUAAGGAAGUUUUGUUUUAUUUUCUUUUUUUUUGAAAAUUGAGUUUGUGUACUCGUGGUUGCACUGAAGCGAA